ACAGGAGUCUUUUCCACCAUUAUUACGCCGUGAGUCGCUGUGAGAAGGUGCAAGUUCUUUGUCCAUAUUUUUGCUGCGACAAGCAUUAUUCAGUUGAAUUAUUGAAGUACGAGAUCAAACAUGCAGUUGCAAAUCAGAGGAGAAAGUACAGCUGUGAUCGAAUCACAUGAAAAUGAAACCAUUGCAGAUUUAAAGAAAAAAAUUGUGGAGGCAGAGGGUGCUGUAAAUACAGAAUUCAACUUAUAUUGUUCUGGCCUUUUAUUACAAAAUGAUACUUUAGUUGGAGAUCUUGCAUCAAAUGUUUUAGAGUUGACAGUUUCUCUUCCUGGUGGUAAGGUCCACGGGUCUUUAGCUCGCGCUGGAAAAGUAAAAGCUCAAACACCAAAGGUGGAAAAACAAGAAAAGAGUAAAAAGAAAACUGGUCGAGCUAAAAGGCGGAUUCAAUAUAAUCGAAGAUUUGUUAAUGUUGUUCAAACUUACAGUCGUCGACGUGGACCUAAUGCUAAUUCAAAUUCCUAAUUUUGUUUAUAUAUAUAAUAUAUCUAUCUAUAUGCAUACAUAAUGAAAAUAAAGUAAAAAAAUUAAAUGUAA